AGGUGUCCUCCAGUCUUUGCCUAUAUAAGUUCUUGUCCUGGUUGGUCAUUCCUCAUCCUGUAUAUUCCUUCUCAUUCUCUCGGGCUAUGCUAUGGAGACAGCAACCAUGAUAUGUAACACAGCCUUUCUGCUGUUAGCCUUCUUAGCGACAACUUCAAUUGCCUCGAUGAACAGGCAGACUUAUAUAGUUCACAUGGACAAGACCAAGAUAGCAGCCUCACAUCAUUCUCUAGGCAACUCCAAAGAAUGGUACGACAUAGUGAUAGACUCUAUCGCUGGUCUCUCAGCUGACGAAGAAGAAAAUGAUUCUGAAUCAACAUCUCCCCAGCUAAUUCAUGCCUAUAAAUCUGCAAUAUCUGGUUUUGCUGCAAAGCUCUCCACAAAGGAACUAGAAUCACUGAAAAAGAUCGAUGGUUUCCUCUCUGCCACUCCUGAUGAAAUGUUCACUCUACACACAACACGAUCCCCUCAAUUUCUUGGCCUAGAAUUGGGAAAAGGACUCUGGAAUGCUUCAAAUUUGGAGCCUGAUGUGAUAAUAGGCGUGGUGGAUUCUGGAAUCUGGCCAGAACAUGUCAGUUUCCAGGAUGAAGGCCUGCCACGUGUGCCAUCAAGAUGGAAAGGCGCUUGUGAGGAAGGCACAAAGUUCACUCAAUCAAAUUGCAAUAAAAAACUCAUUGGUGCCAGAGCCUUCUUCCAAGGCUACGAGGCUGCUGCUGGCAUGAUCAAUGAAACAAAAGAUUAUCGAUCUGCAAGAGAUGCAGAAGGCCAUGGAACACACACUGCAUCAACUGCGGCUGGUAACCUCGUUGAAAAUGCAGGCAUUUUUGGCAUGGCCAAUGGCUCGGCCGGUGGAACGAGAUACACGUCUAGAAUUGCAGCAUAUAAAGUGUGUUGGUCUGAAGGUUGUGCUGGCUCCGAUAUACUAGCAGCCAUAGACCAAGCCAUCCUUGAUGGUGUUGACGUGUUGUCACUCUCUUUAGGAGGUUCUGCAAAGCCUUAUGAUAGCGAUAACAUUGCAAUAGGAGCAUUUCAAGCAAUCAAAAAGGGGAUUUUUGUCUCUUGCUCUGGUGGCAAUUCGGGCCCAUCUAGCUCAACUGUUUCCAAUACCGCGCCGUGGAUUAUGACUGUGGCUGCAAGCUAUCUUGAUCGGAAAUUUUCAACGACCGUCAAACUUGGAGAUGGGCAAACUUUUGAGGGUUCAUCUCUAUAUGUUGGCAAGGCAACAAAGCAGUUAGCACUUGUGUAUGGAAAAACAGCUGGUGAUGCAACAGCUGUGUUUUGCAUUGAUGGCUCACUCAAGCGUAAACUUGUGAAAGGCAAAAUCGUUGUUUGCCAACGAGGAAUCACUAGUCGAGCUGAAAAGGGAGAGCAAGUAAAAUUGGCCGGGGGAGCUGGAAUGCUACUGGUCAAUACCGAAAAUGAAGGUGAGGAACUUUUUGCAGAUGCACACAUUCUACCAGCCACUGCAUUGGGUGCCUUAGCUGGCAAAGCCAUCAAAAAGUACCUGAACUCAACUACAAAGCCAACUGCUUCAAUUACUUUCAAAGGAACAGUGUACGGUAACCCUGCACCAAUGAUGGCAGCGUUCUCAUCAAGAGGACCAAAUGAGGUUGGACCGGACUUGAUCAAACCUGAUGUAACUGCUCCAGGGAUGAACAUAUUGGCAGCAUGGCCACCCUUGACUAGCCCAACUCAGCUGAAGAGUGACAAAAGGAGUGUUCUGUUCAAUGUAGUUUCAGGAACUUCGAUGUCUUGCCCUCAUGUCAGUGGCAUAGCAGCACUCAUCAAAUCAGUGCACGAAGACUGGUCCCCAGCAGCAAUCAAAUCAGCUCUUAUGACAACAGCUUACGUUCUGGACAACACGCACGGGGGAAUCUUAGAUGUUGCUUCAAGUAACUCUACCGUGGCUACACCUUUCGCAUUCGGUUCAGGUCACGUUGACCCUGAAAAGGCUUCUGAUCCAGGAUUGAUCUAUGACAUCACCCCGGAUGAUUACUUGAACUAUUUGUGCAGCUUGAAGUAUUCAGCUUCCCAGAUAGCAUUGUUCGCAGGAGAGGGUUUCACUUGUCCGAAAAAUCCAACUAUGCAACCCGGGGACCUAAAUUACCCUUCUUUUGCAGUAAAUUUCAAACCUAACAGCAAAAGUAAUACUGUUACCUUCACAAGAACUGUCACACACGUCGGGAUCCCUAAUGUUACUUACGUAGUACAACGGAAUGAACCUAAUGGAGUAUCAAUGAUGAUUGAGCCAGAGACUUUGAAGUUUGGAAAGCCAGGCCAGAAGCUUAGCUACAAGAUCACUUUCACACAAAGGAAAGGAACAACGCCCCGAGAGCCCUCCUUCGGCUUCAUAGAUUGGGUGUACCUACAGAAAUACCAUGUCAGGAGCCCCAUAGCAGUAACUUGGACCUAGUGCAGGUUUGAAAGAUGGCAAAAGUCCCUAAGUUGAAGUGUAGAUGCUUUCUAAUUAUUCAAGAUCCAAGAGUUCUUGUCGAAAAAAAAAAUUAAAACAUUUGGAAUUUGCCCAAAAAUAAUUAAGAGAAAGUUUCUUUGCAUGUGACACGCCAUGUUAAUCUCAUGUAUUGCAUGGGACCAAUCAUUAUUAUUGAAGGAAAAUGGAAAUUGAAGAGCUAUAAA